AUGCCGCAAGCUCAACCGGAGCUAAAGAAAUACCUCGACAGGCAUCUCUUCGUCCAACUGAGCGGCAGCCGGAAGGUCAUAGGAGUGUUGCGCGGCUACGAUGUCUUCCUCAACAUAGUUCUAAACGAAGCCGUGGAGGAGGAAGAGGGCGGGGAGAAAGUGACAAUCGGCAUGGUGGUAGAUUACACACACCUCGUGAGGGUUCAUCGCUAA